GUGCGUGCAGCACGUUUGAAAUUGAUUCGGACGUGAGCCCGUCGUUAUCCUGUUUAGCCCUGCACAUAUCAGUUAUUUUUGGCCCAAAAUGAAGCGCGUCCCAACGGCCAAGGAUUGGCUUAAGUGUUCGGAAGUAUUCAGCAAGCUACAAAAAGAUGCUAAGUCUGGUGAUGGUGACGCAGGUACCACGGAUUUGUUGGAUAUUUUUGAACAUUUUUUGUUUUUCUGGGAUUUUAAAGAGCAAGCUGUCCACGCCAUCAACUUGAAGUAUGAGAACUCUAGUAAUGAUGGAACUGAAUACCAGACGCUGCUGCUGACCAGCCCGCCGGUGGGGACCGUGAACCAGCUGCUGGUGUCGCCGUGCGGCCAGCGGCUGGCGCUGGUCGGCGCCAGCGGUGUCACGGUGGUCGAGCUGCCCAGCCGCUGGGGCCGGCACGGUCUGUACGAGGACGGCAAGAAUCGACUCUCAUGCACGUCCCGCCAAGUGGCCGGGCGCUUCUUCCACUGCAGCAAGCACGUGCGCGUGACCAAGGUGCGCUGGCACCCGGAGUCGCCGACCGACAGCCACCUGGUGGUGCUCUGCUGUGACAACUACCUCAGGGUAUAUGACGUGGCGACGGACCUGCAGACACCCAGUCACGUGAUGGCCCUGGGCGCCACCCACUCGGCCAUGCUGAGUAACAGUGCGGGCUUCACGUUCGUCCGCUCGCUUGGAGAGGUGGCCGUCUCGUUCGCCUUCAGUCCCCGGCUGCCGCCGCCAGAUGGUCAGGCCCCAGAGGAACGAGAACCCAUAGCAGUGUUCGUCCUCCGAGGCAACGGUGACAUCUAUCUGACGCACAUCAACCUCAUGGCGCCCGGGGAGCGGCUUCCGAUGCACGGUCCCGUGGCGAUGCACCCGGCGGCCGACGACAACUACGGCACGGAGGCGUGCGACCUGCUGUGCGUGGGCGGCACACCGGCCGUGCUGGUGGUGGCCACGCCCACCCGGCUCUACCACUGCGUCGUGCUUGACCGGCCCGACGACGGCGUCGACGACGGGAUUGGCUCCGACGCUGGAUCGUCGCAGUACAGCGCCUGCUUCGCGCUUGAGUCGGCUGGCGUCUCGCUGUACGUGUACGAGAGCGUCGAGCUGGACCUGGUGAUGGCACCGGCGGAGGACGACGACCCGGUCACCUCCCCCGUCCGGCUACAUCCCGACCCGGCUUCCGACUGCAGGUACUUCUGUAGCCAUGCGGCCGGCGUCCACGCCGUGGUCCUGCCUCUGAUCGCGGCCCUUGAGAAGUUCGCCGCCCAGCCCGAUGUCAGUGAGGAGCCGCUGGGCGAGCACGAGUGCGUGGUGAGCCACCUGGUGUGCACGCGCACGGUGGCCUCGUCGCCCAGCUGUCCGGUGCUGGGGCUGGCCGUCAUCCCGCACCCGCUGCUCAUGGUCGUCCUGCUGGCCACCCACGAGGUGCUGCUGCUGUCACUGACGACCAGGUUCAAGCCGCCGCUGCCGGAGGCCGCCGCGCCCGACGAGGACGCGGUGAGACCGCCCCAGGACGCCGGCGAGCCGUUCGACGCGCACGUGCGCCGGCUGCUUGAGCGGGACGCCAGUGAGAACCACCACCAGCUGGUGCGCAGGACGGAGGCGGUGUACCAGAGCUGCCAGCGUGACGUGCCGGUGCUCUCGGACGCCGAGCGGGACGCCGCGCGACAGCUGAAGGAGCUGGGGUCCCCCGCCGACCUCAGGAGGCGACUGGACAUCGUGCGCGACAAGAUCGACUACCAGAGGAGACAGGCGAGCGUGGAGCGGGCGAACAAGCAGCGCCAGGAUCGGCAGCUGGCAGCGCUGGCGGCCGCGCCGCGCGAGCGCAUCCGCGCCGAGCUCGUCGCGCAGGGCGACCAGAUCGCCGCGCUCGUGCGCAGCGUGCAGGAUGCCCGCAAGACGCUGGGGCUCUGA